CCCCUCAAUAUUUCUCAUACGGCUUAAUUGCAAGUUUGGUCACUCGAAUGACUACAAGAUUUCAUGUUUGGUCAUUAAAAUUAGUUUAUUCCAUUAGUAGUCACUUAAAUUAGUUGAACAAUCCAAGUUCGAUCACUCUCCGUUAACCUCCGUUAGACCCCGUUAAUGACGACCAUUGACGUGGCUAACAGAAAAUCACAAUCAGCAUAUUUUAACCCUAAAAAAUGACUACCCGACUCGCCACGUCAUAUUUGCCCGCCAUUCACCCUUCCCUACCCAACCCGCAAACCAACCCAAUAAUCGACCCAACUCCAAACCCGCCCCCCUGAAUCCGAAGAAGAAGAAGACGACUAUGGUGCUGCUUCCGCAAUUCCAACCCCCAAUCUCCAUUUCCCUUCCAGUUACAACGAUCCCUCCUCUCAAUCUUCUUCUGUUGCUGCUGCAUCUCCUUCCGCUAUCUAGUAUCGAAACUUCCUCCCUCAACACCACCACCACCACGCCGCCGCCGCCCCGUCCCCCGCGACCUUCAAUUUCGACGACCGGCGGCUCGACUUCGUGGACCUGUCCCUCGGGAGCUCGAGCGAUGCGGAUUCCGAUCUCCACCGCGGAGCCGAACCGUCUUCGACGGCGAUGCCAAUAGAGAAGGAGCAUAUGUUCGACAAAGUGGUGACGUCGAUCGACGUCGGGAAGUUGAACCAGCUGGUGAUACCGAAGCACACGCGGAGAUGUGAAAUUGAUUGGCGCCUGGGCGAGCCCUUACGUAAUGAGGCCUAGAAUCGCUCUCAACGUCAAAUCCGUCGAGUACGAGUUCCUCCAGGAGCAAUUCGGAUCCAAGAGCGAGCUUCUCCUCAAAUCAAACCCUGUCCACAAGAAAAUCCAUGUCCUUCUGCACAAUGGCAAACCCAUCUGCGAAUCCGUAGCGGUGGAGGUAGGUUUUGACGCCGGGGAUCGCCAGGUGGCGGCAGCCGAUUUUGGGGGCUUCGGUGAAUGGUCGAGGAAGGAGGUGAGCGUUUGAUGAGGAGGGGAGGGUUUGAAGGAGGAGGAGAAGGAGAAGGGGAAGAAAGAAGGAAGUAUAUUUUACUUUUCAGAUUUAGGGGGGUCGGGUUUGGGGUUGGGUCGAUUAUUAGGUUGGUUUGCGGGUUGGGUAGGGAAGGGUGAUAUUGCGGGCAAAUCUGACGUGGCGGGUCGGGUAGUCAUUUUUUAGGGUUAAAAUAUGCCGACUAUGAUUUUCUGUUAGCCACGUCAUCACUUAACGGUCGCCAUUAACGGAGUCUAAUGGAGGUUAACGGAGAGUGACCAAACUUGGACUGUUCAACUAAUUUAAAUGACUACUAAUGGAAUAAAUCAAUUUUAGUGAUCAAACGUGAAAUUUUGUAGCAAUUCGAGUUACCAAACUGGCAAUUACGCCUUUCCCAUACACAAUUAUAUCACUUCGUAUAAUCAAAGUUUAAUUUUAUACGUCUCAAUAAAAUACUAGCGUGGUGAAAUUUGAUAAUGUAAUGGGGUGUAUAGCUGAUUGUUGUAUAGUUUUUUUUUUGGAACACGUGAUAAAAAUAGUGAAUUUUAGUAGGAAAGAGACAUGAAUGAUGCAACGAAUCAAAAAUCAGCCUUAUGAACCAAAAUCAAGUACCUGUUACCUUGUGAAACAAUAUUGUUUCUGGUAAUAUGAUGAGGUGGAGUAAGUUUUAUAGACACCGAAUUCCAGAAAAUCGAAUAAAAAAUCGCCUAUCCCGUCGAUUUUCGGGAAAUGAGCAUCUCACAAAUUUUGCUAGCUUUUACUCGGCCUGUUGGCCGAUUAAUUUGCUUUAUAAAACUUUCAUAUUGUCAUCAUUGUGCUUUCUGGUUUUUUGCCAAGCCAUGAUAAAAUCUAAAGAAAUCAAGAAUGAACAACACGAUUUGGGAUAGGAACCACCGUUCCUGUAUCCCUAGAAAAUGGUGGUAGACACGAACUCACAUGCCAAACUGGUUUGGAUUGAGAUUUUUAUCGGGUAUCAAGGAACCAUGUGAUUAUAAAUUCUACUUGAUCAAAACGGGCCAAAACUUGAAAUUCAGCCUUUUUGACCGACCCAUGUCAAACUCUAAUCAUUCUUUACUUUUAAACUUUCUAUUUGAAAAUAAAAGAUAAUGAAAGAAAAGAGAUGACUGCAAUUCGCCAUUUGCACAUCACUGAUUCGGGAAUAAAACUAUAGAAUUUCGAAAGGAAACUGAAAAUGUUUAGGAUCGUUUUAAUGUUAAAAAUAAUCAAAUAUAUCUUUCUGUUUGGUUUUUACUAACAAAUACCAAACGAUUCCCUAUAAUAUACACUAUAAUUUAAUCAUUAUGAUAUUAAAUAAUUACAUAAUAUAUAUUUGAAAUUAUAAAAAUUGGACUAAUUGGGUUGGUCGAGGUUGAACCAUUGAAUAACUUUAAAAUACAUUAUAUUUUAGUCAGUAAGCUAUAAAAUAAUAGCAUAAUAUAUAUUAUGCUAGAGAAAAUAGCUUGUUUUAGAAUGACAAACCCAUGAUGUGCAUUUGUUUUACUUGAUGGGAAAAUCCCGUGUAGGUUAGACCCAUUCAACUCUUUUAUUUUAUGAUUAGCGGUUAACCCAUUAUAAUCCAUGCAUUAGUUUAUUGUUAAUUUUUUUUCUUUUUAUCAAUAAAAAUGAGUAUUGUUU